AUGGCAGACUUGCCUAAGGACGUGCACAGUGCUCACCGGCAUUCACAAUCACUGGAGUUGACUAUUGUGGAUCUUUUUUAUUACAAGCCCGAUGGACGAAAUAGAGCAUCAGUAAAAUGCUACGUCUGCGUGUUCGUUUGUUUCACAACCAAGGCUGUAUGGCUGGAGCUUGCAAAGGGAUCUGUCAACAGCUGCCUUUUGGGCGCCCUCAAGCGUUUCUGUCAGUACGCGGCAUUCCAACAUGCAUCUGGUCAGACAACGCAACCAACUUUCUUCGAUUGGAAAUUCAUACCUCCUCGUUCGCCACAUUUUAACGGUCUUUGGGAGGCAGCAGUGAAGACAGCUAAAAGGCACCUAUAUCGGUCUAUGGGAUCGGCACUUCUUGGUUUCGAUGAACUGCGCACAUUGAAAACCCUGAUGAUCUUGGAGUUCUCACCCAGGGCAUUUCCUGAUUGGUCGACCACUUAUCGACUUCCCCCGAACCAGAUCUAUCUCGGAUUAACUGCAAUCGCCUCGAUCGCUGGCAGCCGAGUAAAAUGGCGGACCCCACGGCCUUCUAUCAAGGUCAACGAUGUCGUCUGUGUAAAAGACGAAAACCUGCCACCUUUGAAGUGGCCAUUAGCCCGGGUCGUUGAAAUCAUCGCUGGAGCCGAUGGAGCCGUGAGAGUCGCUGUUCUGCGUACACCACUGGAACCAACACGUCGAGCUGUCAAUAAGCUGUGCGUCCUUCCGGUUGAUGAUCCUGUUAAAAGUCAUGGUCUUUUAACG